GUAUCAAAUGUAGACUGAGGGAGAAGAGAGGAAGGUAAAAAGAGAGAGGGAGUGGGAGGAGGGAAAUAAUUGAGGCUAUUAUGAAAGGAAGAUAGAGACAGAGUAAGGAAGAGGGAUCGUGUCGUACAGACGACAGCAUCCUUAUUGCGACAGGGAUCUGCAGUUGCUUAAAGAGAGAAAAGAUCUUGUACAAUUAGCAAAGGCCAGUUGCCGUUAUUGACGCAGAGCGCGCGCGGCACCUGCAGCGUCACUGGAGGAGGCAGAGGAACGUGAGCACGACCUCACUCAAAGCUGUCUUACAAAGGAGCUGAAAGUCCUCGGUCUCUCGUCUGGGUGUGGUUGCAGUAGGAGGAUGAGGUUUCUGUUGUGUCUGCUUUCUCUCAGCUCUCUGGCUCUGAGCUACGCAUUGGACAGUAAUGGAUGGCACAUUUUUGUAGGUGGGGAUGUGUGUGUGUCAGGUCAUGACAGUGGGCCUGUGUUUGAGGAGCAGCCGUCUAGUCUGAUUUACCCGGAGGGGAUGCCAGAAGGCAAGGUGACCCUGAGCUGCCAGGCUCGCGCCAGCCCUGCUACUAUUUACCGGUGGCGUGUGAAUGGCACUGAAAUAACAUUUGCUGAGGAUUCACACUACACACAGGUCGCAGGAAACCUUGUGAUCAAUAACCCUCAGAAUGGGCGAGAUGGUGGGUCAUACCAGUGUCUUGCCAUCAACCGCUGUGGCACCAUUGUUAGCCGAGUGGCUAACCUCAAAUUUGGCUACCUCCAUGAUUUCCCCCCUGAGAGUAGAAGCCCUCAGACGGUCCAUGAGGGUACGGGAACCUUUCUUGCCUGCCAGCCACCAGCUCAUUACCCAGCUUUGUCCUACCGCUGGCUCAUCAAUGAGUUCCCCAACUUCAUCCAGCCAGAGGCCGGCAGAUGGUUUGUUUCUCAGGUGACGGGAAACUUAUACCUUGCUAACGCAAGAGCCAAUGACACGGGCAACUAUUUCUGCUUCACCACCAUCAACAUGGACAUCAGCACCAAGAGCAUCUUCAGUAAAGCUGUCCAGCUUACUGUUUACCCUGAUGCAAACCCAAGGAAAGCCACUCCAAAUAUCAGAGUGCGUUUUCCCGCUGAGACGUAUGCAUUAUCGGGACAAACUGCUCAGUUGGAAUGCUUUGCCUAUGGCAAUCCCAUUCCUAAAAUCCACUGGAGGAAGGUGGAUGGGAUUUUACCACCUAAGGUCGGAGCAAGUGCAGAGGGACCCAUUCUGAUUAUUCCUGAACUGAAUUUUGAUGACGAGGGCAUUUAUGAGUGUGAGGUUUACAACUCAGAAGGCCGUGAGACACAUCAGGGACGCAUCUCUGUUCAAGCCCAGCCUGAGUGGCUUCAGGUCAUGAGUGACUCUGAGGUGGAAAUCAGUUCGGAGCUACAGUGGAGAUGUGUUGCUGCGGGCAAACCAAGACCCACCAUUCACUGGCUCCGUAACGGACAGCCUCUCAUCACACAGGACCGUGUGGAAGUGAAUAACGGCCGACUGAGGAUCAGUAACCUCGCCCUGGAGGAUUCCGGGAUGUAUCAGUGUGUGGCCGAAAACAAACACGGCACUAUUUACUCAAACGCUGAGCUCAGAGUUCAAGUCCAGGCCCCAGACUUUAGGUUAAAUCCAGUGCGGAAGCUGGUUCCUGCUGCCCGUGGCGGACAGGUAAAAAUGGAGUGUAAACCUCGGGCAGCUCCAAAACCAACUCUCUUCUGGAGCCGUGGCACAGAGCUACUGACCAACAGUACCAGGAUAACAGUCACUCCAGAUGGGGUUCUGUGGAUCUAUAACAUCAGUCGUUCUGAUGAAGGAAAGUACACCUGCUUUGCAGAAAACUACCUCGGCAAAGCCAACAGCACAGGACACCUGUCUGUCAGAGAUGCCACAAAAAUCACAUUAGCACCCUCUAAUGCUGAUAUUAAUCAGGAUGAAAAUGCCAGUCUGCAGUGCCAUGCGUCACAUGACCCUACAAUGGAUCUGACCUUCACCUGGUCCCUCAAUGGAGUUCUGUUGGACCUAGAGGAUCCAAAUGGACACUAUCGGCGUAUGGAGGGGAAAGAGACGAUUGGUGACCUGGUGAUAGUGAACGGACAGCUCAGUCACGCUGGCACAUACACCUGCAUGGCCCAGACGGUGGUGGACAGCGCAGUGGCCUCGGCCAAACUGGUCGUGAGGGGCCCACCAGGACCUCCUGGAGGUUUAGUGGUGACUAGUGUCAAUGACACAUCGGUUGAGUUGAGAUGGAGCCGUGGAUAUGACAACCACAGUCCCAUUGGCAAGUAUGUCGUCCUGGGCCGAUCCUCACAAACUCACGACUGGAAGAGGAUGAGGACAGACCCUGUGAACAUAGAAGGAAAUGCUGAGUCUGCACGUGUGAUAGAUCUUCGACCCUGGAUGGAUUAUGAAUUCCAGGUCAUUGCCAGUAACAUUUUGGGUAGUGGAGAACCAAGCAUGCCCUCCCAGUCUGUCCGAACCAAGCAAGCAGCACCCACUGUGGCUCCCAGCGGAGUUGGCGGAGGUGGAGGAAACCCUAAUGAACUUAUCAUUACAUGGACUCCCAUGGUCAGGGAGUAUCAGAAUGGAGAUGGCUUUGGUUAUAUCCUGGCAUUCAGAAAGCAAGGCAUGCCAACAUGGAUGGUGGUGAGGGUGCCACACAUGGAGUCAUCACGAUAUGUCUACAGCAAUGAGAGUCUGUCAGCCUACUGCCCUUUUGAAGUCAGAAUCAAGGCCUACAACAAGAAAGGAGAAGGUCCCUUCAGUCAGAUUGCUGUAGUGCAUUCUGCAGAAGAGGAACCUACCGUAUCCCCGAGAAGGAUCAAUGCCACUGCUUUGACAGCUUUCGAGAUUCAGGUGUCCUGGGACCCCAUUCAACAUUUGAUCAUAAAUGGAGUUCUUCGAGGUUACGAGAUUCGUUAUUGGCGACAACAUGAACGCGAGGCAGCCGCGGACCGGGUGAGAACGGCAGGGCUGGAGAACACGGCACGAGUCACGGGUCUGAGGCCUAACACUCUCUAUCAUGUCACCAUAUUGGCCUACAACAGUGCAGGCACUGGGCCACCCUCCCCAAGAACCACUGUCAUCACCAAGAGACCUCCUCCCAGCUGUCCUCCAGGAAACGUCUCAUGGAAGGUUGAUGGUUCUUGGGUAACUGUGAGGUGGGAUCAUGUUAAAUCCAUGGACAAUGAGUCUGCCGUUUUGGGUUACAAAGUCCUUUACAAACAUGAAGGGCAGUCUGCCUUGAAAAUACUGGACAAAAGCAAGAACUCCGUCAUUCUGCCCUUACCCAAGGACAGUGGUUAUUUGAUUCUGGAAGUCCGCUCUUGGGGAGAUGGAGGAGAUGGAGCAGCCCAUGAAACCAUAGUGUCUCGAGAUUCAGGCACUGGAAUGAUGGUCCAGAAGAGCGCUGGCACUUCUGGUUUCCUCUGCACAUCUGUUCUGGCAGUCACUGCACUCGUUCUCAUUGGCUCUUCAGGACUGUGAUGUCAGCCAGUGAUGAGGCAUUUCUUAUCAACAUCAUAGAGAAUUGAACAGGUUUUCCUCAGAAUUGGCAGGGAUGGGGGUGGUGGGGGUUUUUGAUGAGGGACAUUGGAAUGGAUGACGAGUGGAAGAUUCUUUUGUAUAAAAAGGCUUUUUUACAAGGAUGACUGGUCAAAGUGAGUCAUUGUUGGAAACUUUUUUGAUUGUUAUCAUUUUAGAUGCUUGCCUUACGGAAACUCAAACUUGAGCGGUGGUCGUGUCAGCAUUUGGUUGUUGUUUCUAAAUUUCAGCAACAGCUCUGACUUGUUGAUUUCCUCAUUGGUGUAUUUACACAUGGAUGUAUUGGUUACAUUUCCAUAAUGGAUAAAACAAAACGUUUUUUUAAUACUUUGUUGCAGCAUGUGGACUGCAGAAUGAUCCAAAUGAAUGUUUACCUUUUUUAUUUAAUCUUUUAGUUUUUUUUCAUGAUAAUGUAAUUAGAAGCAAGAACAGAUCAUGGUUUUUAUUAACAGUAUUUUGUAAUAUUCUGUUUCCCUCAGUGUUCUAGUUUUUAAAGAUGAAAGGUCUCACGAAAGCAGCGGUACAGCAGAAACUGAUUCUUGUGUGAUUGUGAAAGUGGGCUUGGCUUGGAAAGUUAUCACACUAUUAUCUUCUCAUUAUCUCAUUGUUAUUGCUUUGUCUUCUUUUCCCUCAUGGACUACAUUAAAUUGUCUCCAAUGGGUUGUUACUUUCUUUCUUGGCACACUACAAGUGCGAGACACUGGACAUUGAACAAUACUGAAGAUAACAUUCAUGGACAAAUAAGUUAAUUAUUAUCCUAUAAUAUCAUAAUUUAUUCUAAGAUAUAGUUUUCGUCCAAGGACUGAAUCAUGGCCAAAUCUUUGGAAACUGUCCCUAAUGGUGUAAACAUUAUCAUACUUUAAGUGACAAGGGCCAUUUGGCUGAAAUAAUUAGGAGACAUGUUUUUUGGGUGGCUAACAUUAGAUUGUGAGGGUUCUAGGGCUUUGGAGGAGCCUAACAGGGUCCAGGACACUUGUCCGGGACAAAUUCCAGCUCAGCCUAAACCUGCCAUUUGUUGUUUAAAAGCAAUUAUAGAUUUAAAAAAUAUAUCUAUUUUUGUUAUCCUUUUUAAUUAUUUUUUUAUUUUAGUAUUUUAUUUAUGAGGACAACAAAAUAAACAUUUCAGAGAGAUGCUCUGCUCUGCUUUUUAUGUAUUGUUUCUCAAAACUAUGGCAUCAACUAAUGAAGUACAAACUGAAAUUGCACUUCGAGUGUAGCAGGUGAAAUCUGACAGUAUUCAAUUGAUGUGCACACAGUCUUUUGUAUCGCAUU